AUGCAUCUCAGAUUGUUUCUGCUUCUACAUCUUUCUUUUAGAUUUUCACUCGAAACUGAUUAUGACAUAGAGCUUGUUCCAGAAAACUGUGACUGUCGUGAUUACUAUGGAGAAUGCCGACAAAACAGCCACACAUGGCUUGAUGACGACGUUUGGAUUUAUUCUUGUGAAAAUUCCAAGUUGAAGUUUAUUGGAUGUCAAGCGGGAAAAAACGAGAUACGAGUAGGAGGAAAUACCACGAUUGAUCAACUGUGGCAUAGUUGUGAAGAGGAUGAAACAAAAUUAAAAUUUUCAAUAGAACCAUUUUGCAACUUUAAUAAUUCAAAGCAUAAACUCGGCGACGUGUUCCGAGAUGGAGAUUUUCAAUGGUUGUGCCUUUCGACAGGUGUAUGGAUUACCGGUUGUUACUACUUUAAUGAAACUCAUUCGGAUCUACUCUUACCGGUGGGACAAUCCGCUGUUAGUGGUCUUAUAGAACAUGUCUGCGCGAAAAAGCAAGAAUAUCCUGCGAUUGUACAGUAUUACACACAGAUUGUCAAAGGAGUUGACGUAAAACAUCCAACAAACAAGGGCAUCAACAACAAUUGGCCGAGGCCCAUUCAAAAACUCGUCGCGGAAGAUAAGAAUGUUAGUCAAUCUUCAUUUUAG